AUGACUUUAUGGACAGCCUGUUGGGGUUUGGAGAGGGACUAUCUUCUUCUAUGCAUGGCCAUGUCCCGAACUCCCCGAGUAAUACAACACUCGGCCUUUUUAUUCAGAUUUUCGACCAAUGAUCGUAAUCGAAAAACUUCAUCUGAAGGAAUGAGUCGUUGUGUCAUUCAGACAGAUGUUUUGAAAAAUAGUCUUUACAGUGUUUCAUAUUUAGUUACAACGCCUUUCCUCAUCAUUACAACCAUAGCGAUAUUGUGGCAAUAUUACGGAUGGACUAUUCUAGUUGGAUAUUCGGUGAUAUUUCUCUUCAUUCCUAUACAAUUAGCUUUGGGUAAACUAUAUUCGAAACUGAGAUUACAAGCAGCUAUAUUGGGAGAUGAAAGAUUGAACCUGUUGAACGAAAUAAUUGCUGAUAUGAGAUUGAUUAAAAUGUACACCUGGGAAUUGCCAUAUUCUGCAUUACUUAAAAAAAUCAGAGUGAACGAAAUGAAAAAAGUUCGAUUGUUUUUAUAUGCAAAGGGAAUGUCGUCAAUGUUGGCUUAUCCUAUAUCAAAAUUAUUUACUUCCCUUGCAUAUCUUGCAUUCUUUUUUAAUGGAGGACAAUUAAAUGCCGAAAUUGCAUUUAUCACUAUGACUGUUUCUUUGUACAUCUUUAUGAGCACUGUUAGCUUGUUUUCACAAGCAAUAAAUAAUUUUGCAGAAAUUUUGGUUUCACUGAAGCGACUUCAGAAUUACAAGUACAGGAACUUGCUUAUCAAAUGGCGUGGCGUGACAUUUGAUGUGUUUCUGUAAGAAGCCAACUUCCAGG